UUCGUUACUUCAGCUAUACUUACAGUCUUCAGUUUUAAGCAUCUUGUACCUGUAUGCGAUGCCCUUCCACGGACCAAUAUUCAAGACAAAAAUGCCACACUAUAUAAUGCGUGGGGAAUUGCGUACACCAAAUCCACCGGAGGACUAUUGCCGCAAAAAACUCUGUCCGCCAGAUGUGAACCACAUCGCCUGCGAUAUUCCGUUUUGGGGACCACGAUGUACGAAACCACGAGAUGGCGUUAACAUGGAAAAAUUAAAAAUAAUAAUCGUCGAUCAUCACAAUAAUCUACGGGAUCGUUUAUCAAGAGCGCCGUUCUUGAAAAAUUUACCACCAGCCAAGGCCUUGCCCAAGAUAUACUGGGAUCAUGAGCUCUCCAUUCUGGCGAUGCGUGUUACCAACUUCUGCAAUGACGACAAAGUCAGUGAGUGUGUGAACACGGCACGUUUCUUGAACGUGGCCAGGAGUUCAUUCAAAUCAGAUGAUCUCCCUGCACAUUAUACUCCGUUCACCUUUACGCUUUUUGCAAUUGAAAAAGUAUGGUUUAGUCAUUCUGAAAAUGUAGACGAAAAGUUUGUAUAUAGUUUUCCGUCGAAUGCUUCAAGAAAAGAUUAUGAAUUGGCAAAUAUAAUUAAUCACAAAGUUAAUUAUGUCGGCUGUGGCAUAUUAAUUCAAGGUCCUGGCCACAAAAGGAUAUUUUAUAUAACCUGUCUGUACAAUGAAAAAGCCAAACCUGGAGAAAAACUUUACGAACUUCAAGAAUUGAAACCAAAAAUUGCUAUUAUAAGUGAGAAAUAAAAACAGGUUGGUUAACAAAUAGCCCCGAAAAAUACA